AUGGGUAUACGCAAGCAGCAGCAGCUCCAGCUCCUGCGGCGGUGGCGACGGAUACGACAAGAAGAAGAAGUAUGGAAAGAAGAAGAGCAAGAAAACCAAGAAGAAGAAGCACCCCUCCUCCUCGUCUUCUUCCUAUUCCAGUUUCGGUCUGCCAUCCUCACAUUCGGCUCUCUCAAGGAACUCCACUCGGCGAUCGUCAUGAAACUCAUCCGUAUGGAGCAGUGCUUCGGGUUGGUGUUGCUGGUGUUGUUGGAAGCCUUCCUCGUGCUAGGCCAUCCGAAAGCAGAUCCAGAAGCGAGAGCAGUUGCCGAUGCUCAUGCUAGUCCCGAUCCUGUCGCCAGAGGACACCCAGGCAGCUUUAGCUCGAGUAGCAGCAGCGGAGGCUUUGGCAAGAAGAAGUUCUCCUCCUCCUCCUCCUCUUCCUCCUCCGGCCUCGGGAAGAAAUUUGAAGACCACUAUUUCUUUUUUGAAGUUACGAAGUAA